AUGGCCGAGGCGGAAACAGGAGCCUGGCAUGAAUUCAGCGUAGGAGUUUUGUGGGAUACCUGUGUUCUUGUCACAGUGGAAUAUUUUGACUUUAAUAAGAUGAGGAUUAUAUGCGUUCGGGAUGGUAUGGUAUGGUUUGGAAAAAGAUGGAGCUUGUUAGUACAGAUAACGUGUUUGGAGUAG